GAGACGCCGAGAUUCAUCCUUCUUCAUCGGCGUUAGCUCUCUUGAUUGAAGAAUCUCUGAAGACGAAAUGGCGUUCUGGUGGCCGCUGAUCGUUCUCGCCUUCGCUUACGCGAUCUGCAGAUUCCUUCUUAUGCUCAUUCCUCCCAACGUUCCCUCCAUUGACGUAGACGCAUCCGAUGUGUUGGCGCAUGGGAAAGAAACGGAGGAGAAUAGCUUCAUCUAUAUUCCUCCAAGAGGACGGAGCCAACAGUCUGACAAAAAAGUUCAAUGCUAUGAACCUGCCACGAUGAAGUAUCUUGGAUAUUUCCCUGCUCUCUCUACUUCUGAGGUUAAGGAGCGAGUGACACUAGCAAGGAAGGCUCAGAAAACAUGGGCUCAAAGUAGCUUCAAGGUGAGAAGGCAGUUCUUGCGGAUUCUUCUCAAGUACAUUAUUGAACACCAAGAGCUUAUAUGCGAAGUCUCGUCACGUGAUACUGGAAAGACUAUGGUUGAUGCGUCCUUGGGCGAGAUCAUGACUACUUGUGAGAAAAUCACUUGGCUUCUUUCCGAGGGGGAACGAUGGUUAAAGCCUGAAUAUCGGUCUUCAGGAAGAGCUAUGCUUCAUAAAGUCUCAAGAGUAGAGUUCCAUCCCCUUGGUGUCAUCGGAGCUAUAGUCCCAUGGAAUUAUCCGUUCCACAAUAUCUUCAACCCUAUGCUGGCUGCAGUCUUCUCAGGGAAUGGUAUUGUUAUUAAGGUUUCAGAGCACGCUAGCUGGUCGGGAUGCUUUUACUUCCGCAUUAUUCAAGCAGCUUUAGCUGCUGUUGGAGCACCUGAAAAUCUAGUCGAUGUGAUAACAGGGUUUGCGGAGACCGGAGAAGCACUUGUCUCAUCUGUUGAUAAAAUGAUAUUUGUUGGAUCUACAGCUGUUGGCAAGAUGAUAAUGAGAAAUGCGGCUGAGACAUUGACACCUGUCACUCUUGAGCUUGGUGGAAAAGAUGCGUUUAUCAUAUGUGAAGACGCCGAUGUCUCCCACGUUGCACAAGUGGCUGUAAGGGGCACUCUUCAGUCCAGCGGGCAAAACUGUGCGGGUGCUGAAAGAUUUUAUGUUCACAAAGACAUAUAUACUGCAUUCAUUACUCAAGUUACCAAGAUUGUGAAGUCCGUUUCUGCUGGUCCUCCUUUAACUGGGAGGUACGACAUGGGCGCUAUAUGUUUGCAAGAGCACUCUGAACACCUACAGAGCCUAGUAAAUGACGCCUUAGACAAAGGAGCAGAAAUUGCCGUUCGUGGAAGCUUUGGUCAUCUGGGUGAGGAUGCAGUCGAUCAGUAUUUUCCUCCAACUGUUCUUAUCAAUGUAAACCACACCAUGAAAAUAAUGAAAGAAGAGGCCUUUGGACCAAUAAUGCCGAUCAUGCAAUUCAGCACCGAUGAUGAGGUCAUCAAGCUAGCGAAUGAUUCACGUUAUGCGCUCGGCUGUGCAGUUUUUUCAGGAAGCCAGCGUCGGGCCAAACAAAUUGCCUCUCAAAUUCAGUGCGGCGUUGCUGCAAUCAAUGACUUUGCAUCAAACUACAUGUGCCAGUCGCUCCCGUUUGGAGGUGUAAAGGAUAGUGGGUUUGGAAGGUUUGCUGGCAUAGAAGGUUUAAGAGCUUGCUGCCUUGUGAAAUCCGUGGUCGAGGAUAGGUUUUGGCCACUCAUCAAAACCAAGAUUCCAAAACCUAUUCAGUACCCGGUAGCAGAAAACGCAUUUGAAUUCCAGGAGGCACUAGUUGAAACCCUUUAUGGACUCAACAUCUGGGACCGACUUAGAUCCCUAAUCGAUGUCCUCAAGUUCCUUACAGAUCAGGGCUCUCACGUGAGCAGAACUAGAAAGAGCCACUAAAUGACCUGGUGACUGAAUAACUUUUUUUACCGUUUCCAUGCAUCAGCUGAGUUGCUAAUUUUGUUUAUUAGUGAGCCUCAGAGAGACUCGUUUUUCCUCGGAAGGUCGAUUUGUGACUUGUCGUUGUGGGACACUUGAAAUCCACUUUUGCGUUUUCUUGUUUAAUAUUAGUUCGUCUAUUCAAUUCUCAUGUCUCUAAUGAGGGAUCAAAAUAACUAUGUUAAAGUCAAUAGUUUCAUUUAGUUAAAUGGCAGAUACGUA